CAUGACUUCUAACAGGUUUUUCACAAAUAUCUUCAAUUCUGUUUCACUCUUCAAUUUUUAAGUCCACUGCUUCUAGCGAUGGCUGCUCGUUUACCACGAUUAGUUUCUCUUGGUUGCAAAUCUUUCCGGUCUCCUUUUCGGAACUUAUUAUCUUUCUCUCGCGCUAAUAUUCUUAGUUCUUAUAAUACUAAGUUAAGCUACUUGCCUCUUCGUUAUAAUUCUCAUGCUGUUGCUAAACUAAAAAAAUCUGUUGAAAGCGAAAUUAAACAUGAAAAUGAACACUUAGGUGAAAAAUUCCCCGAUCUUGGACAGUUUGCAAAGAAAUUAAACUAUACUGUGGAACAUGUUUAUGGAGAAAAGACGGUCAAGUUGACUCGAAAAGUCGACGAUCAUUUGAUUGUUGUCGAGUUUGUCGUAGAUGAUGACUAUGCUCAACCUUUUGAUGAGAAUGAAGAUAUGGGUAUGGAGGGACAAAACGAAGGCGAGAAUGAAGCUCAGUUCAAAGAUUAUGAUGAUUCGACUUCUUCUUUUUCCUGCGAUAUUACCAUCAGCAAACCUUCCAAACCCGAAGCUGGAAUACUCAUAUGCUCUCUUGAAAUACACAGCGAAGAUUUUGAAUUGUUUUCUGUCCAGUACGUUAAAAAUUUAGAAGAUUCAGAAAAUUCUUAUCGGGGUCCAAAACUUACCGAGUUGGACGAAAGUUUAAAUUCUGCACUCGUGAAAUAUUUAAAUUUUCUUGGAAUUAACUCUGAUCUUGCCGGGGCCAUAGCUAUUAUUCGCGAGGAAAAGGAAAAGCGAGAAUACUUACUUUGGUUAGAAGGUCUGAAGAAGUUUAUUAGUCAUUAGUUUAGUACUUU